AUAUAUCUCUCUCCUCAAUCCAUGUUCCUGUUCAUUCUUAAAUAUAUUAAAAAAAGUAAUUACUAAUAAAUAUAUCAUAUAUAUUUUUUUUCUUCUUCAUCAUCUAUAUAUAUAUAUAUAUAUAUGUUUUUUUUUUUUAAUUUUUUCUACUCGCUUUUGGGAUCUGAAACCCGCUCUCCUCGCAAAGAGGCGGAAAUCCAUCCGAUCAAAGCGGAGUCCGAUCUCUCUCACAGCGGACGAGGAGCAAAGAAAAAAAAAGGGGCAAAAAAAGAAAAGAGGAAAAAAAAAAUACUGCGAAAGAAAUCUCGCUCAGUGGAUGGAUCGGAAACUGGGAGAUUUCUAGAACGUGAUCGGCUCAUCUAACCUUUGUAGUGAUCCUGGGGUUCGAUCCAAUGGGGAAGAAGAAGAGACGGAGUAGUUAGCGGGAUCUGAUCGAGGUCGCGGGGAUCGAUAUCAUCGGUCGUUUCGAUCAUCGUCAUCACCACCACCAUUAUCGAAGAAAAAGAAGAAGAAGACGAAGAAAGCGACGCCGAAGAUCGAAUAGGGGGAGGAGCCGAGGAGGAGAUCGAUUGCACUAUCGCAAGGUUGGACGAUGUCGUCGUCGUCGAACUCGCCGUGCGCGGCGUGCAAGUUCCUGCGGCGCAAGUGCACGCAAGGGUGCGUGUUCGCGCCGUACUUCCCGCCGGACCAGCCGAACAAGUUUGCGUGCGUGCACCGGGUGUUCGGGGCGAGCAACGUGGCGAAGCUGCUGAACGACAUCAGCCCGGCGCAGCGCGAGGACGCCGUGAACUCGCUGGCGUACGAGGCCGACGCCCGGCUCAAGGACCCGGUCUACGGCUGCGUCGCCUACAUCUCCCUCCUCGAGCUCCGGCUCCGCCAGCUCCGCGUGGACCUCCACAACGCCAAGAAGGAGCUCGCCGCCUACAUCGGCCCCGCCGCCUUCGGCCCCUUCCUCCCCUCCGCCCCCGCACCACCCCCCCAAUUCCACCACCCCCAAUUCCAACCCCCCAUGAUGGGCCUCGGCCUCGCCGCCGCCGCCCCGCAGCUCAUGAUCCGCGAUCAUUCGCAGUCGCAGUCGCAGUCGCAGAUGGUGGUGGACGCUCAGCCGAUGGUCGUGGUGGCAGCAGCAGCGUCGGAUGCGGCACAGCGAGAACAGGAGAUGUUCAGAACCUACGACCAGCAGCAGCAGCAAGAGGAGCUCGCGAGGCUGAGCAGCGUGUACGACGCGCGCGGGGUGUAUAACCAUGCGGCGCAACUAGGCGGCGGGCCGACGGUGGCGAUUGCCGGGUCGGCCGGUGGGCUGUCGCUCCUCCCGCCGCAGGCUUAUGACGGCGCUUUUACGACGACAAACCAGCAGCAGCAGCAGCCGCAGCAGCUGAUGCUGGAGCAUCAUCAGAGAGCUGGGAGCGACGAGGGGAGGAGCGGCAUCGGGCCGUCGUCCUAGCGGCUGGAGAAGAGACACAACCCUACCCCGGCCUCUCGAUUGCGGCUUCUCUCCUUGCGAAGAGCCCAGAAAAGUUAACAUCUUAUAAAUGUUAAUUUGUACCAUCAAAAUCUCUCCCUUCUUCAGCUCCCAGCGAGGAAAGGCGAUGUCCUUCUCUAAGUGGUUUUGAUCUUCUCUCGUUCCCUUUUGCUCAAGCGAAAUAAAGAGAGAGAGAAAGAGAGAAAUAAUAGAAAGGAUCCAAAAUAGUGGGGAAAGAAAAGGGAGAGGGGCGGGGGGCAAAUGGUGAAGAUGGUGCAGCUGCAGAAGUAGCAGCAGUCAUAAGCAGCUGCAGCAGUAGUCGCAUGCAAAAGAAAUAAAACCAAAGAACUCUCUCUCUCUCUCUCUCUCUCUCUCUCUCUCUACCUUGCAAUCUGCUGGAAAAAUCUCAAAACCUUUUUGCUGCUACUCUUUUUCCCAGCACUAUUCUACUUGGCUUUUCUCUGUUAAUUUCUGCAAAGCUGUGAUUUUUUCCUUUGCGUUUGGCUCUUUCCGUUUUGUGUCUAUACUCUACUGCAUAUACCUCUAUUCUAGGUGUAAUACAUUUCUUCAUUUCUAUUGUUAUUUUUAUUAUUUUGUUCCUGUUGGUUUUUGAUGUGAUGUUGCGGCCGCUGAACUGCCUGCUCCCGGAAGUAAGUACUUUGUCAAUAGUGAAAUUAGGCUUUUAUGUGUAAUAAAUCUUUCUUUCUUUUC